AUGCUGCCCCCCAUGCACCAGUCAGUCCCCCCAUCCCGCACCAGCUACACCAGUGUCUCCCCCGAAUCCUCCCACUCUCCCCCCGACCGUCCCCCAAUCCUCCCCCUCCCCCACUUCCCCACUCCCCUCACCAGGCCGCCCCCAACCCACUUUGUCAAGUACAGCACCAUCGCCCGCCUGCAGGGUGGCGCCAACCAGGCUGCCAAUCAUUACAUUGACGAACCAAUGGGGCAGCAGCAAGGCCCUCCGGCCCCGCCACUCCAGUCUGUCAAACCCAACUACAACACGCUCCCAUUGGCUCCCACUAACUACAACACCAUGUCAUUGGCUCCCAGCAACUACAACCCUCCUCCCCCUCCUCCUCCCACCUCCUCCAUGCCUGCUCCAGGCUCUGCCAUGGCCUCUCUGAGGUUCGGCCUCCCCAGCCCUGUUCCUCAGUUCAUCCCCCCUCCUCCCCCCCAGGCCCACACCCUGCCACCCCCUCACUACCCACAGAGUAACUGCCUCCUGCCCCCCCCUCCACCCCCCGAGGAGGACAACCAGUGCCCCCCUCUCAGUAACACUGGGCUACAGCAAUUCCUGGCCCAAAAGUUCCCCAAUAUGAACUACGACUUCUCUGAGCUGGAUGGCCAACCUGAGUCCCCUCCCCCUCCUCCCCUGUCCCCCAUAAUGCCCCCCCCCACACCUCCCAAAACCUUCUCUGGUGUCUUCCCGCCCCAGACCGCUCCUAAGACCUUUGGUCCAGGGAUCCCCCUGUCCCCAGUCUCACCCUACCCUCCUUCUGGUCCAAUGAAAAAGCAGCAAAGCUUCUCGACAGGCCAUUCGCCCAAUCAGCCGCCUUCCACGAUGCCCAAACAGCACAUCUUCUCCUCUAAGACCCUCCCCCUGUCCGCCCCCAUCUCCCCCACUCCCUCCCUGGCCAAACAAAUAGUCAACCAGUUCCCCGGCGCCCCCCUGCCCCCACAGUCCCCCCCGGCGGUCAAGGCCAAACCAAGAUGGCAGCCAGGGGGUCAGAUCCCCCCCCAGUCCCCUGAGUUCCCCCUUCCUCCUCCUCUCCCCCCUUCCAAGAUGGGCUCCCCCAUUAAGAAGUCUCCCUCCACCACCUCCACCUCGUCAACCGGCUCCUUCGGGAAGAGGGGGCCUCCUCCCACCCCCCAGCGCGCCUCCUCCAUCAAGUCCAACUCCUCAGGGGAGUACCAGGAGGAGGUGCAGGUCCAGAGGCAGCCUAAGAAGGUGGAGUCUCUGGUCAGUAAGUUUGCCCAGCCUGGCCUCGGCUCCUGCAACUCCUCCACCGCCGCCUCCUCUGGAUCUCCUGCUAAAGACUUGGGGUCUCCUGCUCUACCUGCUCCUCCUAAACCAGGCAAGCUGAACCUGUCAGCCCUCCCUCUAGUCCUCCAGGGUCUGCAGACAGGGCAGCACCGCCAGCCCAGUGGAGACUUCCCCUCACCUCCUCAACACCGCCAGCCCAGUGGAGACUUCCCCUCACCUCCUCCAGAGAUCGAUUACUUCCCCCCUCCUCCUCCCGACUCUGAGCUGCUCCCCCCGCCCCCCCCUCCCCUCUGAGCUCCACCCGGUGGCCCCCAGGGUCGCAGUGGUAAACCCCCAGCCGCAGGCCACGCCCAUCUCCCACCCCGUCAGCCAAUCAUCAUGGAAGACCCAGUCGCUGAAGAAGACUCCGCCUCUGACACUACACAGGCUGUCCCGGAGCAACACGGUCCAGGACCCCUUACCCCUGUCCCUCCAGCACCAGCAGACCCUCCCGUCCUCCUUCGGCUGUCCCCUGCCCCCCACCUCCCCCGGGGGGCCUAAGGGGGGCGGUACCCUCUCCUCGGUCCAACCCAACUUCCUGGAGGACCUGAACCGGACCUUGAAGAGGAAGUCUAUCUCUCGUCACGGCUCCCUCACGCGUCACGGCUCCUCCCGGCUGGAGCCCGUCUCCAUGGACGACAUGGCCCUCCCCCCUCCACCCCCACCAGACCAGCAGAGGGGAGGGCAGGGCGGGGGCCACGGGUACAUGUCCUCAGGCUAUGCAACGUUACGGCGGGGGCCGCGCCCUGCCCCGCCCAAAAGGGACCAAAGCACCAAACUGACGGGAGAGUGGUAG